AAUUUCUAAGGCCUAAAGCUAAGUUCAAUUCGAAUUCGAAAAACAUUUUUCUUUACGCUGCAUUUAUAGAGUUGCACAUCUGGAUCUGAUUUAGUUUUUUGUCAAGGCAUGUCCUGUAAUUCUUGUCCACCGUUCGGUGGCUAUAAGUUCCCAUCCUGCUUUGAGCGUUAUGGCGGCAUCAACAAUACCAAAAAUCCCGGCAAUGUAAAGUCCCUGCACAGUCUGGCCCAUAAUGUGAUGCCCAAGUUCUACGAAGGCAUCGAGUUGGACUAUAAUCAUCGAUUGGCGCCCAACAAGUUCAUUUUAGCCACUUGGGUAUUAAGCCAUGUUAAGCCUGCCGGCUUUCGUUUUGGGGGACUCUAUACAUUUCGGGUGGCAGAUGAUUUCAUGCUGACACCCACAAUCUUUGGCGAUGUGCAUCCAACAACAUUGGCAGCCAAUUUAAAUAUCAUUUAUUAUCCGUUCAAGCCGCUGCGCCUGGAGGCCGCUCUACAGAAACACGCCGAGGAGAUGCCCGUCCAGACGGAGUAUACUAUUGAGUGGACACGACCCAAUGAUACCUGGACAGCAAAUUUUUAUAAUGUACGCAAUGACCGUGGACGUUGCACGCUCUCGGGAAUGCGCUCCAUUACGCAACACUGGGCAAUUGGAGGCGAGCUGCUUCUGGAGUGGAACGAACCCAAAAGACUCAUGACAGACUUGGCUUUUGCAGCGCGCUACUCGCAUCAUAAUUACUCAUUUGCGGCAUCUGCCUCACGUCAGGGUCUUGAUGUCAGCUACUGGCAACGCAUUCAUCCACAAAUUCAAAUGGCCAACAUGUUGGCCUGGAAUCGUAACACUCGGCAAACCAUUGCCACGAUUUGUUAUCAGUGGAAUUUCUGGAACUGCUCUGUUCACGGAAUGAUCGACUCGGGUGCCCUUGUGGGUUUCAUGUGGACCCGAUAUCUCUCUUAUAUACCACUGCAGAUGGGCUUUAGUGUGGUCAUGAGUCUGCCCACGGAUCGUUUUGCGUUUGGAAUGCGAUUUAUACUCGAUCCAAGCGGUUUGAGACGCGGCGAAUGAAACGCUUGAGAUGUUCUUCUUGUUUGAAUUAUAUUUUUUACCAAAUUAUUAGAUAGCAUGUCGUACAGAGUUCAAGUAAUGUUUGGGUUUUAAAUAAAAGCGAGUAGUAAAUAAAUAAUGUAUUCAUGCAGUACAA